AUUUGGGGAGCCAAUAAUCGCAUGUUAUGAAUUUUACAUUGAAAUCCCUAUGAUGCGUUGCGCAAGUCACCACCCUGUAUACAAUUACAGUAUCAUACAAUUUUUGUUGACCAAGUUAAAUUCAUAUCACAAUCACUUCAACACACACCACUUUGACCAGGAUUCACCUACACCGUUGAGUGAAUUCACUCAACGCCUACACUAUAUAGGUCGAAGCGAACCCACAUCAAUGAAUCGGCAGUCGGACCGCGCUAACCUGGGGUGCAUCGAUUAAUUCGUUCCCACAUGUGUUUCUUAUUUAACGUAUGUACAGCGUGUCCUAGGCCAGGUAGAAUGCACCAUAGGAAAACAGCAAUGUAUUUUUUCGGGAAGGAUCCACGAGGCCUUUGAAAUUAGCGUGCACGUACUACUCCAAUCUUUUUCUAGCAUCAGGCAAGCGCAAUAACGUACGUUGACGCUAACUUCAAAUACACAUCAAGGCCUCGUGGAUUCUUUAUUCUUUGUGAAAAAAUACAUUAAUUCUGUUUGCCUAUGGUGCGUUCAAUCUGGGACACACGGUAGGUCUGUCGAAUGCUGUGCACGAUAAGUAAGCCACACCCUGUAUAUAUUGUGUUGUGAUUGGCCACUCCUUAUUCCCUGUUAUUUUCAAAUUUUUGAGGUUACAGUAACAUCUAACCAUAAAAAAUAAUUUGUAAUGGAAAUUUGCCCGGUAUGUUUUAAAGAAUUUCCAACAAAUGAAUUAGAAAAUCAUGUGGAAACAUGCCUCUUUCUUCAUUCCUCUGAUACCAGUUCAGAACCCAAUCGUACUCGGGGAAGAAAACGAACUUCAGUACUUCCGUGCAAUGGUGGCCCCUCAACAAGUAAGCAUGCUAAACUCCAAUCAAUUACAAACCCUCUUACAUUUAAAAGACCUUUACCUCUGGAAAUGCAACCAUCCAGUCUUGACAACUUUUUUGGUCAUAGCGAAAUUUUGGGUAAGGGAUCAGAAUUAAGGUCUCUUUUACGUAAAGGUGAAGUUCCCAAUAUGGUGUUAUGGGGCCCACCUGGAUGUGGUAAAACAUCUCUCGCUAACAUAAUUCGAGGGAUGUGUGAGAAAACUUUCACUAAAUUGCGAUACAUCGGAACAUGUGGAGUAAACUGUGGUGGAAGAGACUUGGAAAAGAUAAUUAUGGAAGCAGAAAAAGCGGUGAAGUUAGGGCUGCACAUGGUUGUAUUUAUAGAUGAAAUACACCAACUCAGUAAACGGCUACAAGAUGUACUGUGGGAAUACAUUUUAAGAGGGACACUAACGCUCAUAGGGGCAACUACAGAGAAUCCGUCCUUUUGCAUAAAAAGUGCAUUAUUAAAUUUACUUCGUGUGAUAGUGAUGCAGAAGCUGAAACGUAGUGAUUUGAUAGCAAUUCUGGAAGAUACCACUAGGCAAUUAUCCAUAAAUGUUGUACAUAACAAAUUAUUUCAAGGCACAAAUUGCAAGAGGCCAGUUAUUACUCAUUCUGACAUUACGUGGUUGGUAGAUACAAGUGAUGGGGAUGCAAGAAUUGCUCUGAACAAUCUGCAGCUUAUGUUAUGUCAUGAUGGUUAUGGUAGCAUAAAAUCGGAAAUGAAGAAAUCGCAUAUGAUGUAUGAUCGUAGGGGAGAGGAGCACCACAACACAAUUGCAGCAAUGCAUGAAUCAAUCCGAGGUUCAAACGAUAAUGCCGCCAUAUACUGGACAGCAAGGAUGCUAGUGAGUGGAGAGGAUCCAUUAUUCAUAGCUCGUCGAUUGGUACGUGCAGCAAGCGAGGAAAUGGGAAAUUCAGAUCCUAACUCGUUGCAACUUGCUGUUAGCACAAUGCACGGCUGUCAAUUGUUAGACAGAGGUGAUAGGGAGGUUUUAUUGGCCCAGUGUGCCCUUUAUCUCGCACGUGCGCCCACUUUGAAGAGAGAGUACUUUAGGUUAGAAAAAGUCAAGCAGGUGAUUGCUGAUUGUCAUGGUCCUCAACCCAGUGUGCCUUUCCAUUUACGGAAUAUUCCUGAAAAACUGUUAGCAGAAUUAGGAGUUGAUAAUAAAAGAAGCUUCAUGCCUGAAGGAAUGGAACAUCUAAAAUUUUAUUAGUGUAUGCAAAACACGGAUAUAUGUUAAUUUAAUAUAAAUAUAUUGGUAAAAGCGUU